AUGAGCAUGGAGUUGACGUUCCUAGGCACAGGCUCGGCGUACCCGUCCCCUCAUCGCGGGGCCUCGGCACUGGUGUUGCGGACAGACGGAGAGAGCUGGAUGUUUGAUUGUGGAGAGGGAACUCAGACUCAGCUCAUGAAGAGCCAGUUGAGGGCAGGAAGGAUCACUAAGGUGUUCAUCUCUCACCUUCAUGGGGACCAUGUGUUUGGGCUGCCCGGUCUGCUGUGCACUGUGAGUCUGAACCUGCCACAUGAGCCCAAGCGGCUUCAGUGCGUUGAUAUUUACGGGCCCCUGGGUCUCAGGCACUUCCUCAGGGUGACUCUGGGUCUGACUGCAUCACAACUGAUCUUCCCUUAUGCAGUCCAUGAAUUGGAGCCAACAUCUGAUCAGAGUCCUGAGGGAGGACAGUCCAGCAGGGAGGAUACAGCAGAGCAUGGGUGUCUUCUUCCUCAGGAGCAGGAGGGCCGGAACAUCCUCCUGGACCCUGGCUCUGAUAGUUACCUUUUGUUUGAGGACAGCCACUUUGAGGUGAGAGCCUUCAGGCUAUUCCACCGCGUGCCGUCGUUUGGCUUCUGUGUUCAAGAGAAGGAUCGACCAGGGAGACUCAGAACUGAACUUCUCAAAGAAUUAGGCGUGAAACCAGGUCCAAUGUAUGGCAGACUGAAGUCUGGAGAGAACCUGACGUUGGACUGUGGUCGUGUGCUGACCCCUGGGGAGGUUCUGGAGGAGGACAUCCCGGGAAGGAAGGUGUGUGUGCUGGGGGACUGCAGCUCUGUCCUGGGACAAGCCCCUCUGCGUCUGUGCUGUGGGGCAGACAUUCUGGUUCAUGAGGCCACACUGGGAGAUGAACAACAGGAGAAGGCAGUGGAGCAUGGACACAGUACUCCCAAGAUGGCUGCUGCACUGGCCAGAGAAUGUCAAGUGCGUACACUGGUGUUGUAUCAUUUUAGUCAACGAUAUAAGCCCCCAGCACUGCAAAAAGAAGGCGAGGGGGACGAUGUGUGUGAGCUGAAGAGACAAGCUGAAGAAGUUCUACAAGGCACUGGUAUUGAGGUGAUGUUGGCUGAGGACUUCUUCUCUGUUUCUAUACCAUUAAAAAAGCCAAGGUAG